AUGAGAAAAAAAAUUUUUUUUCUAGGUGGUAAUGGUUGUGUAGGUGUAGCAUUCAAUGUAACAAAUUGUACUGAAUUACCUGAUUGUUCAUUAUGUCCAAUGAAUCAAGUAUUUAUAAAUUCAACUACAGCAACUUGUCCAUCACUUUGUUCAGAUCCAACAAAUACAACAUGGUGUACAUCACAAACACCAGGAUGUUUAUGUCGAUCACCGUAUGCAUGGAAUAGUGCAACAAAUUCAUGUGUAUUAUGGUGUGAUUGUGGUUGUUAUGGAUUGAAUAAUACCAAACAUGCGCUUGGAACUGUUUGGCAAGAACGUUCUUGUCGUACAUAUCAAUGUAUGAUGCCAAAUAAUACUGCUGAUACUACUCCACAAGCAAUGUUAAUAUCAAGCAAUUGUACAAAUUGUUCAUAUUAUGGUUGGUCAACAUGGUCAUCAUGUAGUACAACAUGUGGUCAAGGUACUCAAUCACGUAAUCGAUCUUGUCUCUACUUAAAUUCUAAUGUACCAUGUGGUACCUGUGCUGGCAAUAAUUCGCAAACACAAAUAUGUCAACAAUCAUCUUGUGAAGUAUGUGAAUUUGGUCCAUAUAUACCAGCUACUACAUGCACACAAACAUGUGGCAAUGGUACUCAAUUAUUGAAUCGAACAUGUUAUAAUGUAGCUGCAGUAAAUUCAUCAGUUCCAAUAUCAUGCUCAAAUCCAAAUACAUGUGGAACAAAUACAACUAUUGGUGGAUCAUGUAAUACAAAUGUGUGUCUUACUUGUACUUGGUCUUCAUGGGUGAAUGGUGCAUGUAGUGUGACAUGUGGCACAGGUGUAUAUGUGCGACAACGUCUUUGCCAGGAUCAAUUUUUACGAAGUUGUCUCGCUUGUAAUACUACUGCUAAUUCUACUACAAAUGGUACACGACCAUGUUUUUAUCCAAAUUGUACAGGUUCACGACGGCGGCGUGGUGUUAUUGACUGGCUUACUUCAUGGUUUGAUGAUUAG